UUAGCAUUGACGGCCGAGGCACAACUUUUUCCCGAGGCCGAGGGAAAUCCAGGCGCGCACUCGGGCACAAAAAUAUAGUCCCUACCUCCCUCCCAGCCUGUCAGCCGAACUGCCUCCCUCCUUGCCUCCCUCGGGCUGGAAGGCGGGGGCUGGGCUGGGGCCACCUCCCCUCCCCCUUGGGGCGCCCCCGGGGAGGCCGAGUCCAGCUCCCGGGAGCCCACUCCCACUCCCACUCUCACUCCCUCGCGCUCUCCCCACUUGCACACUCCCAACUUGCUUUGCAGCUCCCGGAGUUGGUCCUGCCUGCCCUGCUUGUCGCCGCUCUGCGCCCGCUUUUUCUUCUCCCCCCCUUCCCCCAGGAGCUCGAUUGAAGGGGGGUGGCUCUCCCGGUCCGACUUUGCCGGGGUGGGGGGGCCUUUGCUGCGGAUUUUUUGGUGGGGGAGGGGGCUUAUUCCUCCCCCCUCCCCCGCCCCCUCAAGUUUUCCUCCAUCCCCUCCCUCCUCCUCUUUCCCGGGGAGGACCCGAGGGGAUCGCGGCCCCAUCUUCAUUCCCCUGUGAGGCCUGACAAGCUCCCUGGGAUCGAAGCUCCAACUGGCUGGAAAGUGCUCGACAAGUUACAGGAAUGGAGCUUCAGAGCCUCCAGGAGGCGUUAAAAGUGGGGAUCCAGGGUCAUCAGAACGGCGACCUUAAGAAACAGCUCCCAGAGAGGCAUUCCAGGCUAGCGACCCUUAACGAGAGACAAGCCUUGGGCACCAUUGCGGCAGUGCCCAUUAAAGUUCCUCAGGUCAGCUCCUUGCACAGGUUGGCGGGGCAAGGACCAGCAGCGCUACCUCAGGUCAGGCCAAAGACCCUGAUUCCCGACAGCCUUCCCAUCUCUCCAUGCCGAGAGCGCCUGUCCAAGCAGACAGCAACCUUCCAGAAGGCCACUGUGGUCAGCAUCAAGAAUCCCAGCCCGGCCCUCCCCAUCUCCAACAACACCGUCAGCCAGCCUGGGGCUGAGCCUGCUGCCCUCGCCUCCUCCCUGAGCGGGGCCGGGGUGGCCUACGCCAUCAUCUCCACGUCCCCCAGCAAUGCUGCCUCUUCCAUCAAACCCAACUCCGCCACUGCCGCCACCACCGUCUCCAUGGUCAGCGACAGCAUCAAGGUUCAGCCUCUCCUCAUCAGUGCCGACAAUAAAGUCAUCAUCAUUCAGCCUCAAGUUCAGCCCCAGCCUGACUGUAAGGUGGAGACACAGAAACCUUCAGAAGAGUCCUCUCAGGGAGCCCAGGCCUCUAAAAAGAAAAGAGAAGCACCUCCUGAGGCCCAAGAGAACCCUGAGAAAAUUGCCUUCAUGGUAGCAUUAGGCCUGGUCACAGCAGAACACUUGGAAGAAAUCCAGAGCAAACGUCAGGAAAGGAAAAGGAGAAGUACAGCAAACCCAGCAUAUAGUGGCCUCCUGGAGACCGAGAGGAAACGCCUGGCAUCCAACUACCUAAACAGCCCUUUGUUCCUGUCCACAAGAGCAAAUGAGGAUCCGUGCUGGAAGAAUGAGAUCCCCCACGAGGAGGUGUGUGAGAUAUGUAAGAGAGGCACCGACCUGCAGCCUUGUGGCACCUGCCCAGGAGCCUACCACCUCAGCUGCCUCGACCCCCCACUCAAAACUGCACCCAAGGGUGUCUGGGUGUGUCCCAAGUGCCAAGAGAAGGUAUUGAAUAAAGAUGAAAAUGUUCCCUGGACAGGAAUGCUGGCCAUUGUUCACUCCUACGUCACCCACAAAACAGUCAAAGAAGAAGAGAAGAGAAAUCUCUUAAAGAGGGGUAGCGAGCUAAAGAAUGAGCACAGACAGCUGGAAGAGAAGGAUCGGCUCCUGAGCACAGCUGUGAAGAAAUGCCUGGAGCUCAAGACCAACCUGCUCGCCCAGCGGAAGGGGGCCCAAUCAUCCCUGGAGCGGCUUCGGGCUCUCCUCCGGUUGAUACAGAAUGAGCAGAUGCUUCAGGUCACCAUGACCACCACUACUGCCUCUGCCUCCUCCCUACUGGCUGUGCCUUGGAUCAAGCCAGCCUCCACCUCCGCCACAAUGGCCAUGCACACAGCCCUCCAGCAGGCCCAGGGAAACAACUGAGGCCCAGUGAGGAGUGGACCCCAUGGGGUGAGGGGCACUGGGGAGUGGGCAUCCAGACAAUGAGCCUACACAAAGACCCACCUGUCACAUAUCCCCCAUUAAGGGGCCAGCUCCUUAGUGGACCUCUGGUCACCUAGGGCUGUUUGCUUCUGUCCUCUGGUCAAGAUGUCAUGAAAAAAGAGAAGGAAGGAAAGGAGGGGAGGGGAAUGAGGGGCAAGAGAGAAAGGGGAAGGGACAAGAGAAAAAAAGGAGAAAAGGAGGAAGCAAGAAAUGGAAGAAAGAGGGAAGAAGGGAAGGACUAUAGGGACGAAAGGAAGGAAAAAGGAAAGAAAGAAGGAAUAGACACAUGGAAAUCUUCCACCAUAGUGAUGUGCAGACAUCUUGAUAGGGGUUUAGUUUGGAGAGAAUUUAAAAUACAAGACUUAGUUGAUUAUUAGUAAGGUAGUUGGCAUUAGAACCAUCUGGGGUAAGAGAAAUUGGGGAGCAACCUUUCCUGGGACUUACACAGUGAAGGGAAGACCCAUCAUCAGUGAGUUGUGCCCCUUGACUCAGGUUUUGUAGACCACAGGUGGGUGGGUGUUGGAUUUGGGGUUGAAGCUGCUCAUAAUUAUUGUGUGGACACCAGCAGAGUAAACCCCUCCACACAUCCUCUGCCCCUUUUAUCAGGAUCCUUUCAGAGAAUAGCUGGCAUUUCCAUUGAAGGCCCCUCAAAAGCCAAGCAGACACCAAGUUAGCAUUUCUAAUGACAUUGAGACUUCUCUGUGAGGACCUUCAGAAGCAUGGAAUGAGCUAUGACUGUGAACCCCUUCAUUUUUGCAGGUCCUUUUGACUUCUUUUGCUAUUGAUGUAUUUUUCUUCUGGAGUUUGGGGGCGUGAUGGAGCAUAGACCGGACAUUGGAGCUUUUCGGCAGGAUUUGGGGGCUUUCAAUCAUUUGACUUUGGGGUUGAAGCCUUAGAUGGGGGGUGUUGUUUUUCCUUUGAAAGAGCCAAUAAAUAUUCCAUUUUUUUCCGUUUCUUGCCAGUAUGGACACUAUGCCAAAAAAUACUUUUACAUUUUUGUACUGUGUUUUUAUUGCAAAGAUAUUUAAUGUGAAGGAAAAAAAAUCGCUGAUCUUUCUCUGCAGGGACAUCACUGCUCUUUGGCCAAGGACAAAGGUUGAUCUGCCUCUGGGGGAGAGAGGCAGUCCCUUAAAGGGAUCCAGAGACUCUCUAAGGCUGGGGUGGGCUGGAUCAGGGAAGAAAGAGAAAAGGAGGAUUGGGCUGUAACAUUUCAAGGCUUUGCAGAAGCCCUGAGUCCUUUGGCCAGUAAACAUUUAGUGGCCAAAGCUUCCAUGGGAAAACCCUGAAGCUUCAGAUGUUUCACAAAUAUUCUGAGAGUUUAAGGAUCAGCCCUGGGGCCUUCUGAAGCCAACCCUGAGAUGGACCUGGCACUCAUCAGCUUUUGCCUGGCCAUUGCCAAAUUUUAUCAUGUCCACCCACUCAGAUAAGCUAUGUGGCCUCUUGACAAGAUGCGGGAUGGGUCUUCUGCCUCUGCAGAUCCCACAGUGCCAUAUCCCAUGAGACCCUCCCAGGAGCCUCAAGCCAGGGGCUUGGCCUUGACUAACCUGUCAGCUGAGAACAGCGCAUGGGCCCUGUGACCAUUUUCACCAUUCCGGGAGAAACUGUGCAGAACGUAUGAUACAGAUCUAUUUUAAUACACUUAACACUGGGGUUGAACAAGAUUUUUAUAUUCUUUUAUUGACGAACAAAGUGGAUUAAAGAAAUGCCAUUGUUAUACUAUGUUGGUGAUUGUUUGCCAAUAUUUAUAUGCAUCACAAGGGGGCUUGCAGUAGGACCUUUGGUUCAGGUUUCACGGUCUUUUCUUUCUUCUGGGGGGAUCUGAUGGCAGGAUAUGUGCGGCCAGUCCCACUGGUGCUGCAGUCCUGGGACUGGUCGUGCGUAGGCUUUGCUUUGGGUUUUGGUUUUUCCGCUUUGGUUCAGUUUGGCAAAAGGGGACUGUCCUGUGGAUAGUGCACAUAGAGGAAAAAAAGUGUUUGUCUUAAAUAUGCUUCUGUAGUUUUAAUUCUUUAUGAUGCAUUAAACUCAAUUGACAAUUUCA